AGCUGCUGGAACCCGCGGGCACGGGGACUCCGUCCCAGCGUGGUGCUGGGGGUCCGGGUCCCCAUCCCGGGGCCGGGGGGUGCCCGGUUCGGGGUGCCCCUCGGGGGACCGGGGUUCCCGGCCCCGGCAUCUCCUCUUCCUCCCCCAGCAGUGAGGCUGCAGCUUCCUCGCUGCCUCCUCUUCCCCGUGCCCACCAUGGGUGGCAGGAAUGGGGUGGCAGCGGUGGGGACAGGGACUAGGACCCCCGUGCCAUGCCAUGCUGUGCCGUGCUGUGCCGUGCCAGGCUGCGGCUGCCUACGUGCCAGCGAGCUGGACACGCGACCUGCACUGGGCCGGUGCCCAGAACCAGCGGAGGGAAGUGGGAUGGGAGAAGUGGAAAGAGGAACGUGGUAGCACACAGGGACAAGGCAAGGGGACAGCCCUGUCCCCCAGCAUCACCUCUGCCAUCUGGUCUGAGCCCACAUUUGAUGUUCCUGGGAAGCCGGCGGGCACGGUGCUGCUCCUGACACUGGAGGAAGGGAUCGAGACAGCCCCAGAGAAUUCCCAUGUUGGGAGGGAUCAUUUGGGGCACAGAGGGGCUGAGCCCCUCCUCAGCUGCCACCAACCUCCAGCCAAGCAUCCGAUGGGUUCACGUGGCUGCCUGGUCCCACCGGGGGCUCCCUGGCCAUGCUGGGGUCCCUGGAUGCCACGGUGCAGGAUGGGCUCCACGGCCGUGCUGCUGGCCCUGCUCCCCACGGCCGCCGCGCAGCCCACGCCGCCCUCGGGCUGUGGCCACGACCUCUCCUCCCUCUACUACAACCUCUGUGACCUCUCGGCGGGCUGGGGCAUUGGGGUGGAGGCAGUGGCCAGCCUCGGUGUGGUGACCACCUUCGUGCUCACCAUCGUCCUGGUGGCCAGCCUGCCCUUCGUGCAGGACCAGCAGAAGAAGAGCCUGGUGGCCACUCAGGUCUUCUUCCUUCUGGGCACCUUCGGGCUCUUCUGCCUGACCUUCGACUUCAUCGUGGGGCCGGAUUUCUCCACCUGCACCUCCCGCCGCUUCCUCUUCGGCGUCCUCUUUGGCAUCUGCUUCUCCUGCCUGCUGGCACACGCCGUGGCCCUCAACUUCCUGGCGCGGCGCAACCGGGCCCCGCGGGGCUGGGUGACGCUGGCGGUGGCCCUGUCCCUCGCCUCGGUUGAGGUCAUCAUCAACGCCGAGUGGCUCAUCAUCACGGUGGUGCGGCGCGAGGGUGGCCCCCCGGACCCCUGCCAGCUGGCGGACGCUGACUUCGUCAUGGCCCUCAUCUAUGUCAUGGCCCUGCUGGUGGCCGCCUUCAGCACGGCCUGGCCGGCCCUCUGCGGCCACUACGGCCGCUGGCGCAAGCACAGCGCCUUCAUCCUGGCCACCACCAGCCUCUCCAUGGCCAUCUGGCUGGUGUGGACCAUCAUGUACCUGUAUGGGAACCAGCGUGCUGGCCACAAGCCCGGCUGGGAUGACCCCACGCUGGCCAUCGCGCUGGUCUGCAACGCCAGCGCCUUCCUCCUGCUCUACGUCAUCCCCGAGGUGACACACGUGACACGGCGCAGCCCCGAGCAGGCCUUUGAGGACGAUGGCUACCCCACGCGUGGGGUGGGCUACGAGACCAUCCUCAAGGAGCAGAAGUCGCAGAGCAUGUUCGUGGAGAACAAGGCCUUCUCCAUGGAUGAGCCGUCCUUCGCCAAGAAGCCGGUGUCCCCGUACAGUGGCUACAACGGGCAGCUGCUGACCAGCGUGUACCAGCCCACCGAGAUGGCUCUGAUGCACAAGGGGACGAGCGAAGGUCCCUAUGACGUGAUCCUGCCCCGCGCCUCCACCAGCCCCUUGCCCGGCAGCGCCAGCUCCACGCUCCGAGCCGAGGACGCCUUCACGGCACAGGCCCGGCACUCCAGCAUCCCCAGGGACACCCGGAGCUGCCAGGUGCAGUCCCCGUACAGCAGGAACCGGUGGUGAAGCCCCCGUGACGCAGCUCCCACAGCGCCGGCACGGCCGCGGCCCCUCCGUCCCGCUCCCGAGGGCUCACCGGGCCUCAUCCCACCCUGACAUGUGAAUCCCACCCGUGGGAUGCCUGGACACGGUCCCAGAGCCAGCGCUCCCACCUGCCCGUCCCACCUGGCCGUGGCACCCGCAAGCCACCAGCUGUGCCCGGACCCCGCAUCCCUGCCUCAAGGACAGGCUCCCGUGAGGACACCCCCAGCUGUCACCUCACUGCCUUUGUGACGCACAGACCCCGUCUCCCCCAGGCCAUGGACCCUCCGAAGCUGGGGAACCAGUGGGACCCGGCCCAGGGCACCCUCAGCACCGAGCCCCUGGCUCUGCACUGACCCCCACCAGCCCUGGGGACCCCAAGCCGAGCUGGCCCCAUCCCACCGCAGGGCACAAGGGGACACGAGGCUGUCCCCAGCUCUGCCUCCUUCUGUGCCUCUGUUUCCCCACUGCUGGGGAAGGGGGGCUGCUGGGGGUCCAGGGGAUCAGUGCCUUGCUGGGGCUGGAGACCGGCCCCCCACAGCUCCGGCCGCCUUCCCGGUGCCUUCCCCCUCGGGGCUCGGGGACCCCUGCAGGGAGUGGGGAGGGAGCUGGGUCCCUCGCCCUCCUCGCUGCUUUCUCUGUCAAAUUCUUUUUCCCACUUUUUUUCAGGUCACCCCAAUAAAGGUGGUUUUUCCUA